AGGUACUUAGAUGUCUGGACAGAGCUACUGCUAUCCUAUCCUAUUUCAUACAUGUAGCUAUCCAUCAGCGACAGGUACUAUAACACGUCGCCAAGCGUAGCGACAGUGACGAUUUGACGUCGGUUUUCCUUCCUAUCCCAUUUAAAUGCAAGUUUGAAUAAGUACUUAGCUAAAGCUUAAAACCGGAACCCGCGAGUACUUGCGCCGGUAUCGCCAGCUUGCGAAACUUACCCUCGAACCUAUCCGGUCUUUCGUCCCGCUUGUACGACUACUUUACUGCUCAGCUCUUCACUUGCCCCGCGCUCUCCAAAAACCACCCAUUGUUGAACGUCCGCGCGAGUUUCGCCUUGUAUAAUCUUUUCAUAUAACGAGCCGGGCGGCCCGGGAUACGUCAGUGAGGGGGAGCGACGGAUAUCGAGGGGAACGACGGUAGAGCAGGAAGACAUUGGAAGAGUGAGAAAGAGUGGAGGGUCAAGAUUACGAACACAUGAUGGCGCCCUCACGGAUAUCGUCGUCGCCGCCGACGUCGACGUUCCGCCUCCUCCCGUUCAGCUCCUCGACUACAAGCCUGCAGGCCGCCACGUAUCUCCUCGGGAUAUCGCUCUUCAGCAUAUCGUUCCUCGUUUUCCUCAAUAGCGCCGUCAGCUUCGUCAUCACGGACCUGCUGGGCGUGAAGAAGGGCGUCGGAGACAUCGUGGGUACGCUCGGGUUCGCUGACGAGCUUGUCGCGCUCGUCGCGUGUCCGCUCUGGGGCCUGCUGAGCGACCGCCUGGGCGUUCGCUGGGUCGCCGUCCUUGGAUACGCUAUCAUCGCAAUUAGCUUGGUCAUCUUCGUGCAGUGCCGCAAUGUCUACCCCGCGCUCAUCCUUGCGCGCAUCCUCUUCGCUGCCGGCGCUACGGCUGCAGCGACCAUGGUCACUGCUAUACUGCCCGUGCUGACAGGCGACGAGGAGCGCGAUGCAAUGGAUGGCGUCACAGGUGUCACCGGUGAAGGAGAAGCCGAACUCUAUGUGGAUGGUUCAGAUGCUGGUGAAGGUGCCCGGGUGUCCCAUGCGCCUCGCCCAAGCAUAGCCGCCAGCCUAGAGAGCGAUGUCACCAUCACGCCGGAGCGAUUCAACGAGUCGGCGCCUGCUAGCGCGGCCUUGAAUGCCGUGCGACGGGGAAGUAGUGCGAGCCAGGCAUUCUACUCCUCUACGAACGCGGACACGAAGGGCAGGAAACCAUCCGCGCUCGCCGGACUCGUCGGCUUGUUCACGGGAUGCGGUGCCCUGGUGGCCUUGGUUCUAUUCCUGCCUCUACCAGCGUAUUUCUCCAAGAAAGAAGGCGUCACCCCGGCGCAAGCUAUCACGGAAAGUUUCUACGUCGUAGGUGUCGUAUCGCUCGCCGUGGCUAUAUUCGUGGCCUUCGGUCUACGCGGACUAAGAGGCGAAGAGGGAAAAGGGUGGCGGAUGCUCCUUGGGCUCAAGCAUCGGGAUUGUACAGCACCCACCAUUCUCGACAACGGCGCGACACCGCAUGACUCUGCCCCCGGCAGCAAGCUUUCACGCGCCUCCACACCUCUCCCUUACCACCACCUCCUGCUGUCCUCCCUUCGCCUCGGCGCUACAGACCCGCACAUCGCCCUCGGGUACCUCGGCGGCUUCGUCGCGCGCGCCAGCACGGUCGCCAUCUCGCUCUUCUUGCCGCUGUACGUCAACACGUACUUCAUGUCGCACGGCUUCUGCCAGGGCUCGCCCAAUGACCCCUCACCUGACCUCAAGCGCGAGUGCCGCGCCGCCUACGUCCUCGCGGCCUCCCUCAGCGGCGUCGCACAGCUCAUUGCGCUGCUCUGCGCCCCCGUCUUCGGAUACGUCAACGCGCGCCGCUUCCGUGGCGUCAACUGGGGCGUCCUCGUCGCCGCCUCGCUCGGCAUUGUGGGGUACGUCGCGUUCCCGCGGCUCGCGAGCCCGGAGUUCAAGGACGUUGACGGCCGCGGCGGGUCCGCUGUUGUAUUCCUCGUUGUCGCGCUGUUGGGUAUCAGCCAGAUCGGCGCCAUUGUGUGCAGUCUGGGUUCGUUGGGACGUGGCGUUUUAGGCGAGGAUGUAGUUCUUCGCCCUCUUUCCGCGGAUGAGGGUGCGGACCAGGAAAGAGACGCGCUACUCGGGCAAGGCAACAGAGUAGCAGGAGAGGAGAAGGUCUCCCGUGUCCAGCUCAAGGGCUCUAUUGCGGGCGUGUAUUCAUGGUGCGGUGGCGCUGCGAUCCUAUUGCUCACGAAGUUGGGCGGAUACCUCUUUGAUGCGCUUGCCGUGGGCGCUCCGUUUUAUAUGAUGGCGCUGUUCAACGCCGUGCUGCUUGUUGUCAGUCUUGGAAUUGAUUUAGGGGGUAUUGCGAGGGGGAGGAGGUGACGCAAGGCAAGGAGAGUUUCACACGUAUUCACAUCUCUUACAUAUAUAUACACGCACGGACAUAUUAAACGUAUACUGAAAAGCUCGAAGGAAUAGUAAUUGAGGCUAAUGGGCGCUGUUUGGGUUUUGUAUGUUUACAUCUAGCUUUUAUGGUGGGUUUUAUCCUAGCUCUAUGUAUUGUUCCAGCCACCUAGGUAAUCGGUGAAUAGACUCAAGAGUGUACGAAGUA